GAGGGCGUCGGGGGGGGACUGAGCACGACGCUGGCGGGAAAGGUCAGCAUAGUGGCAGUCAAGGGCGGUGGUAUAAGGGCACCGCGAGGAGGUAUGACCGUCCUGACGACAUCGCAAACACCCACGUCGGCCCAUAAUAGCCGCGCGCUCCUCGGCGGAAAGGACACCGCGAGGAGGAACAAAGCCCUGAGGAAGGUCCUGCUGAGGGACCUCGGGGGGCGACGAGCCAGCGUGACCAGGGCGGCUGCGUGCCCGGGAAAGGGUGGAGAGGAUAAGCUGGAGGUGCUCAGCCAUAGGGAGAGUAGGGUCCUCCAGGUGGUGCUGAACGGCAUCGCCGAGGUCGAGGUCAUCGCUAUGAUCACCCUCUGGCGACGACGGGGCACCAGCGUCCUGAACGGCGGGGGCGACCGCGGAAAGGGGAACGGCGCUGGGAAGUGUUGUGAGAGGAGGAGGAGGCGUAACCCGUGCGCUGAGGCUGGGAGGAGGAGGCGGGGUGAAGACGGGCUCGCAUCCGCUUAUGGUUUCUGGCGGCCUCAUGUGGCGGAAGCCAAUGUGGAGGUCGAUCUUUGUGAAGUACUCGGAUCCACGGAGGCAAUCAAGAUGCUCGGAGAUGCAAGGCAAGGGGUACUUGUUCUUGAUUGUGAUCAGGUUGAGGGCGCGGUAGUCUGUGCACAUGCGGAGUUUGGAGGUUCCGCCUUUCUUGACGAAGAGGCAACUUGUGCCGAAGGGGGAGGAGCUUGGCUUAAUGAAUCUUUUUUCAAGGAGUUCAUUGAGCUGUCAGUUCAUUUCUUCGGCCUCGGGAACGGACAGCUGGUAGGGUGGUCGACAUGGAGGAGUGUGACCAGGUUCGAGAUCAAUGUCGACAAUCAUUUUGGUCUUGGGAACGGUGCGGUCUACUACGAUGGUGAUGUCCUUGUCACCGAGUCGAAUGGUGAUCAAGGAGUCAUAGUCGGUGGAAGGGAGACCCACUUUGCGGGCACAAGCGUCGGUGAUGAAGUUACCGGUAGCUCCGUCAAGGAGAACUUGGAACUUGAGUGCACCGAAGGAGGCGGCGAUGAAUUUGAGCUGGAAUCAGGAGUCGUCGACGGAGGUGGAGGAGAUCAUGGUGUUGAGGUGGCGUUGUACUUCAACAAGAUUGAUCUGAAGUCUGGCUACCACCACAUUGAGGUGCCCCCUGAAGAUCAACAUAAGACGACACUUCGAACUAGCUCACGGCUGUUGGACGUGAUUAAUGCUGCCGCAUCAUAUCAGAAGACCCUGAUGAAACUUCAGGCCAAACAUCGUCGUACAAUAUGUGUGCCAAGCUCAGCUUCAGGACUCCAAAGCUUGCAAUCUAUUGUGCCGGUCUACUCCUCACAUGGUUUCAGACCUAUGUUCGAGCCAGUGAGAGGAGGACCUAUGUCCUCUGCAGUCCAUGGAGGGUCACGUAAUGGAUAAUUCUUUCAUGGCUAGGAGGAGAAGACGGGAAAAGGGGUGUGCCAAGCUCAGCUUCAGGACUCCAAAGCUUGCAAUCUAUUGUGCCUGUCUAUUCCUCACAUGGUUUCAGACCGAUGUCUGAGCCACUGAGAGGACCUAUGUCCUCUGCAGUCCAUGGAGGGUCACGUAAUGGAUGAUUCUUUCAUGGCUAGGAGGAGAAGACGGGAAGAGGGGGCAGAGAAGGGGAAGGACGAGGGGUAAAAUGGAGAGGAACAUAGGAAGAAGGGGAAACGAUGGGUUCACAAAGAGCUAAACAACCCUUCAUAAAUCCUUGUCUUUCUUGUUUUCUUCUUGUGCAGGGUUGUGAUACCAGGAUCAGUCUCUGUCGCACAGCCAUUCCGGUGGUAGGAUGGCAAUUGUAAUUCCCUAAGCACCCUUCCCCUACUCUUCCCACCCACUCACCACCUCUCUUGCUCAUCUGUCAGACUGGUUGCCACUCCCUGUUCCCUCAGCAGCGACCCUAAUGGGGCUUUGCUGUCCAUGGUAAGCCUGGCCCCUCCCUAGGCGGCAGACCGUGGUAUCAGUGCACUCGAGGGUGGUGACCCUACUGGAAAUGGCACAGCUCAUGGUCCCCACCUAUUUUUUAGUAACCAUUUUUUCAAUUUCUAUUACACUCCCACGGCUGGGUACUCAUUUUUCCUACAGUGUACUCUCUUCCGCCGUGCACUUUCAGGGGCCCCGAUAAAAUGGGACCUCCAUC